AUGGAAUCGAACUCGAACUCGAACUCGGAAUCGCAACCGCAGUCGAUCUCGAACGACUUCGCGAGCGACAUUGGCAACUUCCUACAGGACUUCUCUGGAAGAGACCCGGACAGAUUCGAGAAGAUGUCAGUCGGGGUAGAAGUCCCGAGUGAGUUGCCAGGGGCUGUCCAGUUGUUCAAUGUCGACUAUUGUGACAUCCAUGAUGAUUUCGAUGUUGCCUGGGAUUCGACCUAUACCACCACCACCCUCACGCUGCGUUCCGAAGCAGAGAGCAGCAGCACCGCCGGGCCGUCAUCGAAUGGGUCAACCGUUUUCUCCCGCGGCACGUACGGCCAGAACUCGUCGAGUAACAACACCUCUAAUCCCCCGAGACAUGGCCAGCAGCCGACAUUCGUGCAGGCCCUUCAGCGCAGCUCCCCCACCCCCCCUCCAGCCUCCACCGCGGAGCAAGAGCAGCAGCCCUGGGGCUCGUCUCGCCUCUGGUGCGAGUUCUGCGUGUUGAGGAACUGCACGCAGACAUACCGCCUCGACGAGAUCAGCGAAUGGAUCGCACACCACUCCCGCCACAUGAAGGACACGUACCCCGCAGAGCUUAUCUGCUGGUUCUGCGACUACGUCCCCUUCAAGGCGGCCGACCGAGCCCAGCGAGAGGCUAACUUCCACUCGCGGAUGGAGCACAUCCGGGGGCACAUAUUCGACGAGGGCAUGACCAUGGACGAUGUGCGACCCGACUAUUUCAUGAUCAAGCACUUGCACAAGCACCGCCUCAUCCCCGACAGCAUGUACGUGUACAUGUACAAUAGGGCCAUGGGGUAUAGCGAGGUACCGGAGCCGCUGAGAUUCCCCAUGAGCUCCAGUUCCUCGCAUGCGAUCCCGCGCACGAUGCCACCUCUCGAGGAGGAGCUGCCCCCGGUAUGGCACGACUUGGGGAAGGAGAGACGGCAUCAACGACGAAGAGGUUCUGGCCGUUCGUGA